UGGCUUUGAAUUUGCACCACCCAAACAAAUUAAGCAGAGAGAGGGAGGGGCAGAGAGAGAGAGAGAGAGAGCAACAAAUUAAAUUUAAAGGGUCGAUCAUGAUGAUGAUGAAGAAUGUUAGCAAUAAACCAUUGAACAACACAAGGACGUUUGUGCUAAACAAGUCCCCUUCAAUGGAUCUCCAAACUCCUCCUCAGCUACCUUCAACGUCGAAAUCGUAUGUUCCAAAAAAGUCUCCCCUGCAGCAGCUGGAAUUGGCAGCCUCUCCUCAACUGGUGGUGGGGGAGGAGAUCCUCCAUUUCGGUCAUCCACAGCACCCACUUUCCAAACUCAACCUGCCUGACCGCUUUACCUGCUCCGGCUGCAAGGAACACGGCGCAGGCAAGCGCUAUACUUGCCAACAAUGUGAUUUUCAGCUGCACGACUUCUGUGCUUUGCCACCCUCUGCCCUCUGCAGAAACCCCUUCCACUACCAACACCAACUUGUUUUCUAUAGUAAGCCAGUGAAAGCUGGAAUCGUGCAAUCCAAGUGUGAUGUGUGUAGCAAGCCCAUCAAAGGGUAUGCGUAUCGAUGCAGCCCAUGUAAUUUCCAAAUGCAUCCAUGCUGCUCCAUGCUAACCGGUGAAAUGAAGAUUCAGACGCAUACACAUACACAUACCCUCAAACUUCUAUCCAGUGCAUCAUCGUCAUCAUCAUCGGCAGCAGAAAUUGCAGGUGCAUGUGGUGAGUGCAAGAGGAGGAGGUCGGGUAGGAUGUACCACUGCAGCGUGUGUGAUUACCACGUGCACGCAGUGUGUGCGAAGGAUAUGAUGAAUGGGCUUCAUGAGAACGGGCAUAGUAAUAAGGGGAAAGACAAGGCAAGCGUGCUGGGGGCUGCAGCUCGUCUGGCAUCUCAAGUGGUGGUUGAUUUCAUUGGAGGCAUCAUGGAGGGGAUUGGAGAAGGUGUUGGAGAAGCCUUUGUUCAGAAUAUUGCCAGAUCAUCACCACCUGCAACAACUGCAAGACCACCAACCCCCAACCCCACUAACAACCAUCUAAUUCACACCUCCAACCCCCCCCUUCUCCUUUCCAGGAGAUCAGUUCGCAGAAAUUAAAUUAUAUAUAUCAUCCAUUUCCUCUCAUACAUAUAUAAUUAACCUUAAAUUUACUUAAUUAGACCCAAAAAAACAAAAACAAAACAAAACAAAACAAAAAGUACUUUGAUUAGUUAACUUAAUUUGGUUUGCCUUCUUAACCUAGCUACAAAUAGCACGCAGGACAGUGCUUCUGGUCAUGAGGUAUAUAUUUUUAUGAUAGUUGGGGGUUGUAUUUGUAUAUAUGGCUUGAGAUUUGAAGCCCCUGUGAAUUAUGAACUUAUUAUUGUUAUGGUUAUUGGUUUUAAAACUUGUGCAAUAAAACUAUUAAUGUUUUUUUGAA